AUGCAUGAUAUUCAUCAGUUUCGGCCAACGAGUAUCCUUGACAAUCCUUCGACUCAUAAAACAGAUACAGAGCCGGUACCUAUGGCAUCCACAGUUCCAAAAGGAGAAGAACGAACCAAACUUGCUAUAGCACCUUCUCUAGGUCUCUGCGCAAAGCUUUCGCAUACAAUUGCGUCUUAUACCGUCAUUUUCCUGCUCAUAUCCGCUUAUCGUCUCUAUCAAACUCGUAGCGCUGUUGAAACUUUUGCCUUACAAGCCAAGCAGACGUUUGCAAAGGAUUGCUAUGCACUGGAAGAUACCAUUACUACAUUUAUAUCUAUGCCUCAGUUCGCCUCCCAGGCUGCUCAUCGGGGUCUUGUGACAAGCCUUGAUGCUAUGAUAAGUCAGAUAGGAUAUGGACUUGUCAUGGUUAUCAAUGGUAUUAUAGCAACACUCGAGUUUGCUGUCGGGCUCUUAACAGGUACCUGGCGUUGUUUCUUGGACAAUAUAGCAAAGAUAGAGAUACCAUUGCUGACCGAGGUAGGACUGGGAGGCAUUGAGGCCAUAGAUCAAGUGAACAAAGUAUUGAUCGGUCUCCUAGUUCUACCACUGAACGAGCUCCAAAUCGUGAUACAAGGAAAAAUGGCAGAUCCGCAAGUUGAUUUAGUUUUACAAAUGUCAAAAGCAAAAACAAGAGCAAUUAUUUCAACCUCCCAGAAAAAAAUUAUCUUUUGUGAUAAAGCUUUACAAGAUUUGGUUGCUGUGGACACGUUCACACAGGAGCUUCAGUAUUGGAUCCGUAUUGGGACUUAUUUAAUGGUGGCUGCUGCAUUGAUAGUGAUCAUAGGUAAUAUGGUAUGGACAAUAUAUUCCCAUAGAAGAUGGAAAAUGCAUGUUGAACGCAUCCAAGAUCGACUCACUGCCUACUCGCUUUCGCAACAACAAAUUGCUACGUCUGGUAUUUCUGUCGAUUCAAAGCCCUGUGCAAUACAAAUAAGUCAAAUGGUCCGCAAUCCACUCAUGUAUCGGUUCACCCACUGGUCUGCCAAGCGUAUCUUUCCCAGAAACAAAGACCACCAACACCUGUACAACUGGUUUAUCUCCUAUAUCACGCAGCCUCAAGCGGUCGUCUGUCUAGUUUUAGGGCUCAUGGGCUUGAUAAUGAUUUACAGUCAAGUUAUCUUUAUCAACUAUAUGCGGACGGCGACUCACCAUUACUAUUAUGGCCCUAUGAUGAACAGGGCAGCCACUUCAUUGACAGAACUCUCAAUUACCGUCUCAAGGCAAGUCAACGAUGCCAUAUCCAGCCAUUCUACCUUGUUUGCAACGGGAGUCAAUGACGGGCUCCUGAAUAUUGAGACAGAGCUAAAUACACAUGUAUUUGAUUUGAUCGCUGUGGCUGCAAGAAGGAUAAGUGCAGCUUUGAUAGAUGUGGAAAGAGUCAUUGUAGACGGAGUCCGUUCAGUCUUUGGAGAGGACAAUGUAUUUGAGAAAGUGACUCUGACAGUUUUACAAUGUCUAUUGUUCAACAGAAUGAUGAUGAUUGAGUCUGGGUUAUCAUGGGUACAACAUAAUGCAAGGCUUGAGCUUCCAAGGGUCUCCGAGAACAUUUUGAUGGUGAACUCGACAGAGAUCAACAGAUUUGUGGCGGAAACCCUUCAUGGCGCAGCUCUUUUUGAUCGCCUUGCCAACGCUAUCAAUACUAACAAAGAGGACAAAGGGGCGAUUAAGCUAGCUCAGAUUGUGAUUGAGAAAGUGCUUUUAGAGUAUGAACGCAAGUUGCACCAAGACCUGCCUAUCUAUUAUGCUUUGAUGAGCGUUUGGUGUGCUAUAGUGUUGAUGGGUCUAUUAGCCGUGAUGCUGACCACUUCACAAAGUUAG